UAUUAACCAGGAAGUGUCAACUUUUGUUUCUUAUCGUAAUUUAUACAGGGAUUUCUGAAUGAAUUAUUAGGCUUGAUGUUGAUAUUUUUAAAAGAGCAUUGUGGAUACAUGCUCAUAUUGUUAUGUGUUAGCGCUGCGAGCUAAUUCUAUCAACAAAUGAAGUUGCUUGUUUUCUUAGCCGUUAGCCUGACCGCUAACUCACGACAUAGGGUUUUGGUUGUAGCUGUCUUAAAUCUGCUUUCGAUUUACUUAAAUCAUGUUUAUUUCUAAGAAUUAAUUGAGAACAUCCAGGGCUUGUUCGUAAGUCUCUGACAAACUACAACAGCGGUUUUGUGUCAGUCGCGCUUCUAGCAUAAGUCGCCUCAGGUUGUUUUGCCUCAUUUGCUUCUAUGUUUGCUCUCAGUUUAUCAUUUUAAACCACAAUUAAGGGAUAAUUAGUUGUACUACAUGCCUAUAACGGCUUAUUAACAUGUCCAUGUUAUCACUGACUUAGUUAAACAUGUUAUUUCCACUGAAAUGAACAGACUCAGAGUUGCGGCCUAUAAAAGUGGCUUGGAGAUUUUUAAGGUUUCACCUUCUCAUGUUCUUUUGACAGCCUAUAAUUAUUACGUAUAACGUCAUAUAGAUCACUAGACGAAGACAAAACCCUUAUGAAUAUGAUUGGUGAAUUAUCAGGCUCAUUAUCACAGGCACAGCAUAUUAAACUGGUAUGAUGUUGCAUCCCUCCACUCCUCUGUUCUCAUCUCCUGUCCACCCAUGGUAAGAGGCCAGCAGGACACGCCCCGUCUCCACGGCAGCAGCAUGGAGGGACAGGCACUACCCCCCCAGCCGACCCAGCCUCGCAAGAAGAGACCCGAGGAUUUCCGAUUCGGAAAAAUAUUGGGAGAAGGCUCCUUCUCUACCGUUGUCUUGGCAAAGGAACACUCGACGGGGAAGGAAUAUGCAAUUAAGAUCCUGGAAAAGCGCCACAUAAUGAAGGAGAACAAAGCGCAAUAUGUUAAGAGAGAAAGAGACAUCAUGUCACACCUGGAUCAUCCAUUCUUCGUCAAGCUCUUCUUCACCUUUCAGGAUGAAGAGAAGCUCUAUUUUGGAUUGAGCUAUGCUAAAAAUGGCGAACUGCUAAAAUACAUUCGAAAAAUCGGCUCGUUUGACGAGACCUGUACGCGGUUCUACUCCGCUGAGAUAGUUUGUGCUCUUGAGUACUUGCAUCAGAAGGGCAUCAUCCACAGAGAUCUAAAGCCAGAGAAUAUUCUGCUCAGUGAAGAGAUGCACAUUCAAAUAACAGACUUUGGCACGGCCAAACAACUGUCCUCUGACAGCAAACAGGCAAGAGCAAACUCAUUUGUUGGUACGGCUCAGUACGUCUCUCCAGAAUUACUGACUGAGAAAUCUGCCUGCAAGAGUUCGGAUCUCUGGGCAUUAGGCUGCAUAAUCUACCAGCUUGUUGCUGGUUUGCCGCCAUUCAGAGCUGGGAAUGAGUAUCUAAUAUUCCAGAAGAUUAUAAAACUCGAGUACGAGUUUCCUGAGAAAUUUUUCCCCAAAGCCAAGGACCUUGUGGAACAGCUUCUGUCACUGGAUCCGUGCAAGCGGCUUGGCUGUGAUGAGAUGGGCGGCUACGGACCGCUGAGGUCCCACCCUUUUUUUGAAACCGUUAGCUGGCAUGACGUACAUUUGCGGACUCCUCCCAAACUAACGGCUUACCUUCCCGCCAUGUCCGAGGAUGACGAGGACUGCUAUGGAAAUUAUGAUGAUCUCCUGAGCCAGUUCAGUUGUAUGCAGGUGGCACAGCCUGGCCCUGCCCCUUUAGUUCCCUUUACAGUAGAGACAAGUGCUCCUACGUAUAACCCCUCCCCUAGUGUGGAUCAGUUUAUACAUAUUCAUGAGCUGGACAGUAAUAGCAUGGAGCUCGACCUACAAUACAGCGACGAGGAGAAACGCAUCUUACUGGGCAAGCAGAGUGCUGCAAACCCAUGGCACCAGUUUGUGGAGAAUAACCUCAUCUUAAAAAUGGGCCCAGUUGACAAACGCAAAGGUCUGUUUGCACGGAGGAGGCAGUUGCUACUGACUGAGGGUCCUCACUUGUACUACGUGGAUCCGGUCAAUAAAGUUCUGAAAGGGGAGAUUCCAUGGUCACCUGAACUACGGCCAGAAGCGAAGAACUUCAAAACCUUCUUUGUUCACACGCCAAACCGGACGUACUAUCUAAUGGACCCAAGUGGCAACGCUGAUAAAUGGUGCAAGAAGAUCCAGGAAGUUUGGAGGAAGAUCUACCACAAACACCAGAGCCCCAGCCUAUAGGACUACAGUGCUCCUCCCCUUUGGCCACGCCCCCCACAGCUCUCCAACCAAUCACAGGACGGGGGCACGCCCCUGUAGAGACGCCUCUCCAGCUAUAUAUUGUCUUUGUCUCCUCAUAUAUCAGUCCCGUCGCUCCCAGGCACUUUCUCUGUUCAGAUUCAGUUCUUUCACACACGCCGAGGGUGGAGUCUUCACAACCAAAAGCAGCAGUCGGCGCGUCGUGUCGGCAGGCGAGCCGUAGAAAACCUUUAUCACACGUUUAGACCAAGUCUUUCCAUCGGUUUAAAGCAAUGCAGGUAACAAACCCUUUCAACCCACCUGUCGCGGAACAAGUGCACACGCUCUCUUCUUUUCUCGCACACUCACCUCCUUACAUUGAAACGCCUAAACGCUUUGUAGUGCGUGUGGCUUUAGUCUGCGUUUAGAAUUAAGGCGGGUCCUUUUACCCUUAUUGGCUACAGUAGCUGGUCUUGCUGAUUCCGAUUGGAGGAUGUGGUGUCGAAUCUCUCCUCAGCAUGUUCACGUUACGAAUAAAGCUUCAAAUCGUAUCAGGAGACGGCACCACACCGCCACGAAAGCCACAUGGGUAAUGUGGUUUGAGAGGGUAAUUUGUCCCCCCCUCCCCCGGUCCUAUGCUGAAAGCACGACUGAGUUUAGCUGUUUUCCUUUAAUUAAAGCGCUUGCAUUGUUGACGGUAUGCUUUGCUGAUUGCGACGGAGGGACAAUCUGGUCGUGUGCGCGCGUUUGGCUCCUCUCAUUUGGCCGUUUUUAACAGGAAGUCCGUGGAGUGAGUGAGACCAACAGACUGAGUGUGUGUGCGCGUGUGUCUUCCUGAUCGGUAACAGAUGACUGUGAUGUACAGUUGAUGUAAAAUUGCAAAUGGGAGGUGAGUAAAGAGGUGACUCUAGGAUCCAGGUUUUGUAUUUUUAUUCUUGUAUAAGGUUAUUGGGCCGCUCCGUUCUGGCCUGGCUUCUGUGUUAUUUAAAUUCUAAUAUAUGAAAGCAUAUUUGGAUUGAAGUCAUGUUCCAGGGCCUUGCUGUGUAUGUAUUGAAUAUGUAUAGCCUUUGAAUGUGAAGAAUUAUUGUAAACUAUGAUAUUUUACUGCUUUUGUUUUCUUACUAUAUCAUAUACAUUUUCUAUUUGCGCAGUGAUUGGCUCAUUUCUGAUAAUUUAAUGCCUGUAUGCGCACGGCCCCACUUGUCUGUGUGCGCGCAUGUGUGUCUGUGUGUGAGAGAGAUAUGGUUUGUGUGUGUGUGCGUGGGGGGUCCUUGUGCGUGUAGGCAAUGUGUGUAUUCUUCUUGUCGACCUUUUGCGCUCGACAAAACCUAGAACUGAAAUAAAGCAUGUAGGGUUUUAGGCCAACAAA